AGCGGCCGACACCUCCCCAGGAAGAGGAAGAGCGCCCUUGGCUCGGUCCCGCCUCCCGGGGCGGGGACCGCCUGGCCAGGUGCACACCUGACACAGACCCUCGGGCACCCGCUCAGGACCCCUCUAGCAUCGGUCAGUCGUCCGCGCACCCUCACCAUGCGCUCCGGGCGCCCUCCCCCACCCCGAGAUGAUCCGUGCGCAGAGCCCGGGACCUCAAUCAGCCCCCAUUGGGACCCUCCCCCUUCCAGUGACGCUCCGCCCUCCGCCUCCGUACUGCGCAGGCGCACGGCCCGGACCCUUGCCCAGGGAGGCAGUACUGCGCAGGCGCGGAGGGCGGGACGCUCGAGGUGCGCCUGCGUUGCGCAGGAGAAGUCCCUACGCGCUCAGUGGGCGCCUGGGUGUGAGCGCGGGAAGAUGGCCGAGCCGGUGUCCAAGUCUGUGCUGUUCGUGUGUCUGGGUGAGCCGACGGGAUCUAGCCCCAUUCUGGCUUUCCCGAAGGGUCGGGGUAACAUCUGCCGAUCACCCAUUGCAGAAGCAGUUUUCAGAAAGCUUGUAACUGAGCAAAAUCUUUCAGAUGACUGGAGGAUAGACAGUGCAGCGACAUCCACAUAUGAAAUAGGGAACCCUCCUGACUAUCGAGGGCAGAACUGCAUGAGGAAGCAUGGUAUUCCCAUGACUCACGUUGCCCGGCAGGUUACCAAGGAAGACUUUGCCACGUUUGAUUAUAUACUUUGUAUGGAUGAAAGCAAUCUAAGAGACUUGAAUAGAAAGAGUAAUCAAAUUAAAAACUGCAAAGCUAAAAUUGAACUCCUUGGGAGCUAUGAUCCACAGAAACAGCUUAUUAUUGAAGACCCCUAUUAUGGGAACGAGUCCGACUUUGAGACCGUCUACCAGCAGUGUGUGAGGUGCUGCAGAGCUUUCCUGGAGAAGGCCUGCUGAUGUCGCACCCGUGCCCCUGGCGAGCCCCACAGGAGCCACAGUGAGGCUGCAGCUGCUUCUUCGGUUGACCCUGUUUCUUAAAUGCUUGUAGAUGGAAAUCAGUUACUGUAUUUGGCAAAUAAAUAGAAAUGUUUCAUCCAGUUUGUGGGGUACACGAAGCGUUCCUGACGAGUUGAACUCCCACUUUGCCCCGGUUACAAAAAUCGUGGGACAUGACCCCCAGAGCACAGAGACCUCCAGCAUCCCCUUCAGGCCGUGUGGGCACACGAGCUCUGCCUCUUCCUCCCUGAGUUUGUGGACCACCGACGGGGACGAUGCCCUCCGCUGUCUCAUGACCCCUUCUCGCCAGGGCCCCCAACCAGCCCAGCGGGCCAUCCGUGGGAGCUCACCCCAGCUCACAGUGCACACCGUUGACGUAGAAAGUGGGAAAGAGAGUUAGGUGUCCAUCUUUAGAACCUUUAAUGCUUGCUAGUUUUUGUCUGUCUGUCUGUCUGUCCAGUUUAUUUCACAGGGAAGUCAGCUUCUUUCCAUUUGAACCAUUUUGCCUCUGGAAAUUUAAUUCCAUCCAGAAGGAAAGACACUGUAUGCUGGUUUUCCUUUUAAAUGCUAUGUGACCCAAAUGUCAAAUGUAGAUGAGCUUAGGUGGGGAAAAAAUUAUUAAAAAGUUGGGAAAAGUUCUUUUAUGUUGGAAUGCUUAAAUAUUGAUACAUUAAGUAUUCUUUCUUUGUUGUUUGAUUUAUAGACAAAUACAGGUAACUUCUGUGCACUUUGAGGUAACUAAUCUAAAAUUCAUAUGGAUUUGUGGCAGAAAAGAUUGUUUUCAAAAUAAACUGGGGAGAUUAUAAAAAUACAACUAAGAUAGAAGUCUGCCUGCUUUUUUAUUGAUAAGUGAAGAAUUAGAAAACAGUGCUUUUAUUGUCCCUUUCAGAUGGUCUGUGAUGCUAUCUAUGCAUGUUUAUCUUCAGUGUUAGGAAGUAAAAUGACAAAAAUAAGUAUAUUGCUUCCACUUAUGAUAAAGUGUUUGUGAAAGAAAUAGGAGGCCGCUGCAGCCAUAAAUGUCCUUGCCUGACCCCACCACCUGCGGAGUGAGACCGUCUGCUCCUUGGAGCCCUCCUGGGUGGCAUGGCUAGAUGGGUGACAGCUUGCUCUACGGCCGGCCUCUACCCUGACUCGUAGCUGGUGGUCCGGAGUCCUGGGAGAAACACCACUCACCAAUCGGUCUUCACCCAAAGUCUGAGUGGAUCACUGCUCAGCAGUAGAAUGAGUGUAGAGGAACAGGUGCCCCAUCAGGGUGCCCUGAGGGGCCGGGGGCGGAGCGGGGGGGCAUUUAGUCCUGGAGUCUCCUCCCACCUGGAGGAUGUGCAGGCCACCUCUCCCACCACCCUGGCAGGACGUGUGUCUGCCUCCCUGUGGAGUCACCCGAAGAGAGUCCUACCUGAAAACUUCCUCAGACAAGUAGGAACCUCUCAAGGUUAAAUGUAUUGAGAAAUUGGUGAUGAUACCUAAAAAGUAAAGAAUUGAGAUGGAAAGAUCAAGUAAUUCACCACCAUUAGAAAAUAGGAAUAAGAAAGAGCACUUCAGAGUUACACUCUGCCCUCAUCAGUCAGUAGUUGCUGAAUAAUCUCAAAGUAAUUUCAUACUCUGUGCCUUCGUGAUCAUGAAUGAAUCCCUAUAGUUUCUUUACCGUUUGAAUACAUAUCUUAAAUAUGAACCUCAGACACAUCCCACAACUCACGUCUACUUUGUCCUUGUGGCUGUAUCCAGGCGAGAAGUCAUGUGAACAGAGAAACUCCUGCUGAUUUCAGUUGUGUUAAAUUGGAUGCAAUCAUUUGUUCAAAAUAGAUCACCUGUAAAAAUCUAGAGCCACUUGGAAGUCUUACCUCUUAGUGUUUUCAUGAUUACCAUGUCACGCGGGAAAUGCAUUCUCAUUUAAAUGUUUAUUAAAUACUCAUCACCAUAUCAGGCUCUAUCUUAAGACGUGCCACGGUUCCAUAGUAGCAUCUCCUUAAAAAAAAGUCAAUUUAAUUGUCCCUUCCAAGAAUCCAUAGCCUUCCCACUUCAUGUAUUCAUGGCUUUUGUAUUCCAUGACAUUCUUGCCAGUGUUGCAGUCUCUUCAUAGGUCUGUAAAUCAUGAAUUCCCACCAGUGAACUCGUCAGAGGUGAAGAGUCACUUUUAAGACUUCAUUAUAAUAAACACUGUUUAUUACUUGGUUCAGCAUUUACAGUAUUUACAUAUUGCACAAUAUCUGGAUACUAUCUUACAUUUAUUGUACAAAGGACAAAUGAAAUGAGCCUGGGUAUGUUCACAGAUUUACACUCCACUGUCUCCAAAACGUGACACGUUUUUUUGUGGGUUUUCAUGCAAUUCCAAAUAAUACUCUGGGAAUUUAAUUGUAAAAGUAAUAAAAAUAUUAAAUCAUA